AUGGCUUCGAACUCAAAGCCUCAUCAAGCAUGCAUUGAUGAAGACAGGAUCAGUGGAUUACCGGAUGAAGUUCUUUGCCACAUUCUUUCCUUCCUUUACACAAUCACAGCUGUAAAAACCUGCGUCUUAUCACACAGAUGGAAGAAUUUGUGGGCUUCUGUUCCCAAUCUAAAGUUGCUUAUAUGUUCACCAAAAUCUGACUCCACAUGUAGUCCAGGAUUUGUGGAUCGAGUACUUUCAUCUCGUGGCUCGUCAAGAAUUCAUCGGUUCCAUCUUAAUUUGUAUGGGGCACACAAAUAUUUUUCUCAUGUUGAUGAGUGGAUUUGCACUGCCAUUACGCGUAAUGUCGUCGAACUCCAUCUUUUGUUGUUCCCAAAUCCAUGGCAGCGUUAUGAGUUGCCUAGCACCCUUUUCAUGUGCAAGACGCUGGUGAUUUUGAAGUUGAUGCUGCAGUUCGAUAUCGUUGCCAUUCCACCGAACUCGGAUUGUUUCCCAAAUCUCAAGUUCCUCCACGUUUCAGUCUGCUUUCCGGAUGCGGACUCAAUGAAGAAGCUUUUUUCUUGUUGCCCUGCACUUGAAGAUUUGAUUAUAGAUGGAAAUGUUGAGAAAAUCCCCGGAGAAGCUGAUUCGGUCUUGAGAUUAAAUGUUUCUGCACCCAAACUAAAAAUACUACAAAUAAGUUUGAUGGGCAGUUGGAUGAGGAAUGUUUCUAUCACAGUCAAUGCUCCACAGCUUGAAACGUUGGAUCUCAUGGAGAAUUUUUUUGCCACCUAUUCUUUGAAGAAUGCAAAAUCCCUAAGCAAAGCCAAGGUUGAUGUCCAAGUGUAUAGGAGAUAUCACGCUGAUCCUGGCAUUGAUUAUGCUCAUCGCACGCAUAGGCUUUUUGCAGGAAUUAUCAAUGUUAAAUCUCUGUCUCUUGCAGCUCCCAUUUUGACAAAUCCUUGCCUCGAAUUUCAAGGUCCGCUGCCUAAGUUCUAUAAUUUGAACCACUUGGAGGUACGUCUUAAAACCUGCUCCUCCUGGAAAUCACUGACGAAGUUGCUCGAGAUAUCACCCAAUCUGGAGAAUCUUGUCUUUGAAAAUAACAUCGAGUGUCAUGCCGAUCAUGACAAGAAUGAUCAAUGGUGUCAACCAGAGACUCUGCCUAUUUGUUUGUUCUCAAGCCUCAAGACUGUUUGCGUACGGGGAUUCAGAUGGCACUCAGACGAAAUGGAAGCGGUGAAGUACAUGCUGAAGCACGGUGAAGCUCUGAACAAAGUGACAGUUUAUGCUAGAAAUAUCUCAGCAGAAAAACAGAUGGAGUGGCAGCAGGAGUUUGUAGAUUUCCCAAGGGUUUCAAAGACUUGCCAAAUUGAACUUGUGCAACUCAUAGAUAGGGGUUUUUAG